CUCUCAUACAAAGCUAUGUGAUUGUGUGUUGUUGCAACGUUAUGUACAAAGUUGUCCCUCACUUAUGCCUUCCUUUUUAAGCCUACCCUUCACUUCUUCAUUAUCCUCACCCUUUUCUACACAUCCUACUAAUAUUGCAGCUCUAUAUCUCUCUCAUUUUCUAUAACCAUGGGAGAGGAGAAAUUUACUCGAUACAAAUUACUUAGUAAGAUCAGCUUCAAGUCCACUGAACACAAGGGUGGCUUCAGAUCUUCUGGUUUCAUCUUUGGUUUGGUGGCAUUGGAGAACAUGGGAUUUAUAUCAACAAUAUUGAUUAUGUUCACAUACUUCAUGGAGGAUUUGAGCUUUAAUAUCCCUGGGGCUGCGAACACAGUCACAAACUUCAUGGGCGCAGCUUUCUUACUGUCAAUCAUUAGUGCUUUCAUUUCCGACACUUUCGUCUCCAGAUUUUACACUGUUCUAAUCUUUGGAGUUGUCGAAAUAGUGGGUUUCACGUUCAUGACGAUUCAAGCUCAUGACACUAGCCUGCAUCCAGAUCCUUGUGGUAAGAAGAGUUGCAUAGGAGGAAUGAUAAAAGUAAUGUUCUACACCUCUCUAGCAUUGUUAGCGUUAGGGUGUGGUGGGGUUAGAGGUGCCCUUCCUGCUUUUGGUGCGGACCAAUUUGACACCUCCACACCAAAAGGACUCAAGACCCAAGGAAGCUAUUUCAACUGGCUUCUACUAAGCACCACCUUGGGCGCCGCUGUUGGGGUGAUCGGGUUUGUGUGGGUUGGGACCAAUCAUGGCUGGUGGUGGUGUUUCUGCUUAUCUACCAUAGGUUGUGUCUUGGGGUUAUGUAUGUUUCUCCUGGGGAAGCCAUUCUACCGCAUUCAAAUUCCAGUUCCAAAAGAUAGCCCCUUCCUGAGUAUUGGCAGGGUAAUUGCUCUAGCUAUUAACAACAGAAAGGCAAAACUACCUGAGAAUCCUGAAGAAUUAUAUGAGAAUGACACAAAUAAGGAUUUUACUGGCCGAAAACUCACUCGUACGAGGCAAUUCUCUUGGUUGGACAAAGCAGCAAUUGUUCCAAAUGGUUCAAAACCUAGUGAACUUGCACCAUGGGAGAUAUGCACUGUCACACAAGUUGAAGAAGUUAAGAUCAUAAUACGAAUGCUUCCUAUCGUACUGAGUACAGUUAUCAUGAACACAUGCUUAGCUCAACUACAAACAUUCUCACAAGCCCAAGGCAAUAUCAUGAACAAAAAGCUAGGAAAGCUUGAAUUCCCUGCAGGCUCAAUUCCAGUUAUCCCGCUAGUUUUCAUGUCCGUUCUUCUCCCUGUUUACGAGUUUGUAUUUGUACCCUUUGCGCGAAAGUUCACAAAACAUCCCCAAGGCAUUACGCAGCUCCAAAGAGUCGGUGUUGGGCUUGUUUUAUCCGUGAUGUCAAUGGGAGUUGCAGGAAUUGUUGAAGUUAAGAGGAGAAACCAAUCAAGAAUCAAUCCAUUUGAGCCUAUCAGCCUUUUUUGGCUCUCUUUUCAGUACGGUAUUUUUGGGGUUGCAGAUAUGUUCACACUAGUAGGAUUGCUUGAAUUUUUCUACAAAGAGGCUCCUGUCGGGAUGAGAUCGCUUGCCACUUCAUUCGCGUGGAUAUCCAUGUCCCUUGGUUACUUUUUAAGUAGUGUUUUGGUCGAUUCUCUGAACGCUGUUACAAAGAGAGUAUCUCCAAGCAAAAAAGGAUGGGUUACCGGAUAUCUUUUGGACAAGAACAAUCUGAAUUUGUUUUAUUGGUUCUUAGCUGUAUUAAGCUUGAUAAAUUUCGCAGUUUACUUGCUUUUGGCUUCGAUGUACCAGUACAAAAAGGAAGAUGAUGGUCUACUAACAACCGAAAUGGCAUCCACAACUACUAGCAUUGCAAUGGUUAGUACAAGUGAAAAUCUUGAACCGAAUGAAGAUGUGAAAGGUUGAACAAAACAUGAAGCUUUAUCCAGAUUUUGAAGACGUUGAUCGGUUUUAGAACGGUUUUUGUUUCGGUUUUAGAAGCUUCAUCCUCUCUUUUUACUUUUGUUUUCAUGGUACUUUGUUCUACUUUAGACGACCCACCCUAACUCUCCGAGCAGAACACGCUUUGAAUGUAUUGCAUUAAAUAAAAAUGAUAUGGUCUCUAAAUCUGUGUCGGCAUAGAUGAAUUUUACUUUAA